GACUGUAUUUCAGGUCGCAAUAACGCCAUCAAAGGCCAAGUGACAGUGAACGGGACUCCAUGGAAUAAGAAACUCAAACGCUUUGCAGCGUACGUGAUGCAGGAGGAUCUAUUCCAUGCCACGCUGACAGUUAGAGAGCAUUUGAUCCUGCAGGCGAGACUGAGGAUGAGUGGGUCUUUCAGUCGUCAACAGUAUCUCGGACGGGUGGAUACGCUACUAGAAGAGUUUGGAUUAUCCAAGAGCAAAGAUACUCUUAUCGGUGGCUGGAUGCAACGAGGUAUUUCCGGUGGCGAGAGGAAAAGGUUGGCUCUAGCGACGGAAUUGUUGACGAACCCAUCAGUGUUAUUUGCCGAUGAACCAACGUCUGGACUCGAUAGUUUCAUGGCAAAAUCGGUAGUACAGCAGCUGAGAAGACUUGCAGUGCACGAAGGACGCACAGUAGUGGCAACGAUCCAUCAACCGUCGUCCGAGGUAUUCGCGUUGUUCGAUCGGUUGGAGCUACUAGCGGAUGGUGCGACGAUUUAUCAAGGAAAAGCGGUCGAUGUAGUGGACUAUUUUGCCACUUUUGGCUUUGAAUGUCCGACUUUUAUGAAUCCGGCGGACUAUUUUAUGGAGAAGAUCGUCAUAGUUGAUGCUGAUACAGAUCAAGCUGGUGUGGAGCGGGUACGUGCGUUGAAAGAAGCUUGGAAGACACACGCACUGCAACGGAACGAAGGAAUCGAAGUCGUCAACCCGCAGGAUAUUGGCUCUAGAACGAGCAAAGAUGUGGCUACAUCUCAUGAAUUAGUGGAUUUUGAAGACUCCAGAGCGUCUGUCUGGGGUCAAAUUCGCGUGUUAGCGACUCGAAACGCCCUGAGGUUACUCCGUGAUAAGACAGCAUUGAGAUUGCAGAGCGUUCAGACUCUAGUGACCACUCUGCUGGUCGGUAUUAUCUUCUUCCAGCUGACACUGGACCAACAAGGCGUAUCGAAUUUCUCCGGUGCCUUCUUCUACAUCGUAACGGAGCAAGUAUACGGAGCUUCCAUGCCAGCCAUCAUGUCCGUGCCAAUGGAGCUCCCUAUCGUAUACCGUGAGUACGAUAUCGGUCUCUACUCCGUUGCAUCGUGGUAUGCGGCAAAGAACCUGUAUGCAACUCGUGCUGAUACUGCUGCACAGCUCGUGUGUGGCCUUCGGUUACUGCAUUUCGUGCGUCUGUCGACGUAUCGACAUCGCCCCACUCGCAGGGAACAUCGUGCUGAUGCCUCUUCUGUUACUUGGUGGUCUCUUCAUCGACCCGAGUGA